GCUCCAUUGGCUGAAUACGAGGGUGCCGACAGUCCUGAGGCAGGAGCUACAGCAGCGGCAUCCUACAACCACUCAGCGUGGAUAUCACGGACCUUGGAAAUGGACUGCAGCCCUGCGAUACCCUCCUCUCCCUCCUGUCCAGCGGAUUCAAACCUAUGCUCGUGCUGUCGUUUUAAUAAGCUGGAGCUGGAGCAGGCCAACCUGUGA